AUGGUAAUUAGUCUCGCUGGAUGGCCAGAAGAUGGAGCAGAACGGGUGCCGCUAUGUGAGCAGCGCUCGCCGCUCGCCCUCUAUGAGGAGGACUACAACACGCAGGGGCAGCGUAUCGGCAACAUGCUCAAAUCCCUCUCGAUGUACAGUGAGCAGCCACCGUGUGCCGGAGAUGCCGAGGAGAAGCCGCGGGGUGGAGCGAUGGCCAAGAUGGGCACGUUCAUGGGCGUCUACCUGCCCUGCCUACAGAACAUCUUCGGCGUGUUGUUCUUCAUCCGGAUGACGUGGAUCAUCGGGUGUUCCGGCAUCGUUCAGGGCUUCUUCGUCGUCUUGAUCUGCGUGUCUGUCACAUUCCUCACCUCAAUCUCUCUAUCAGCCGUCGCGACAAACGGGGUCGUAUCUUCCGGCGGGCCGUAUUAUAUGAUCUCCAGGAAUCUUGGUCCGGAGCUCGGCGGUGCCGUCGGAAUUCUAUUCUACAUCGGCACGACAAUCGCCGCCUCCAUGUACAUUAUCGGAGCUGUCGAAAUUUUGCUUCUCUACAUCGUGCCCCAAGCCAAACUUUUCGACGACGUCUUUCACUGUUUCCGCUUCUUUGGCACAAUUCUGCUGAUCGGCGUCGGAACGAUUGUGCUUGCUGGAGUCAAGGUUGUCAACAAAUUCGCCUUGCCGCUGAUUUGUCUCGUCGUCGCCUGCAUCGCCAUGGCGUUCGUCGGCGUCGGCGUCAAGGUCAACGGGUCCGACUCGAUGACGUUCUGCAUGGUUGGCGAUAGACCUGUCAACCUUGGCGAAUGGAAAGAGGCCCACGGCUUCGUUCCCAACUGCACGGCCGAGGGUCUCGAGCCGCUCUUCUGCACCAAGAACGGGACGACGGACGAGAUCAGCUGCGACCAGUACUUCACCCGGAUGAGGCACAACAAGGUGUGGAAGGGGACGAGCAAGCCGGCCAUCCGCAGAGAGGAAGCUUUCAAAGGCCUCUCCUCGGGUGUUUUCUGGGAAAAUUUGUGGCCCCAGCAUCAGCAGCCCGGCGAUUUGAUCACCAGGGACCGAAAAGACAAGACCGACAAGGCACGCUCGAACCCGUUCUACAUCUUCGCCGACCAGUCGACGUCGUGGUUGAUUUUGAUUGGUGUCUUCUUUCCAUCAGCCACCGGAAUUAUGGCCGGCUCAAAUCGUUCCGGAAAUUUGAAGGAUGCGUCGAAGGCCAUUCCACGCGGGACACUUGGGGCACAGUUGACAUCAUCGGUUGUUUACCUCCUCGGCGUCGUCUUUUUCGGUGGUACCGUCGAUCGGCUGUUCAUGCGCGACAAGUUCGGCGGCUCAGCCGCUGGAAAGCUGACCGUUGCGGAGUUGGCGUGGCCGUAUCCUCCCGUCAUCCUGGUCGGCUCCUUCUUCGCCACCAUGGGAGCAGGAAUGCAAUCGUUGACAGGAGCGCCCCGCCUCCUACAAGCCAUCGCUUCCGACGAUCUGGUCCCCAUCCUGAAGCCGUUCAACGUGCUCGACAGCCGCGGUGAGCCGCUGCGGGCCAUCUUCCUGACCCUGGCGCUAACGUGGUGUGGGAUUCUGAUUGCAGUCAUUGAGAACUUGACGGCGCUGAUCACACAAUUCUUCCUGAUGUGCUACCUGGGCGUGAACGCGUCGUGCGCGCUUCAAUCCCUGAUGAAAGCGCCCGGAUGGCGGCCCGGCUUCAAAUAUUACCACUGGGCCUCCUCCCUGAUCGGGGCGGUGUUGUGCGUGGUGGUGAUGUUCAUCUCUGCGUGGCACUUUGCCCUGCUCGCCAUCUUCAUCGGUAUCGCGGCGUACAAGUACAUCGAAUACGCCGGCGCGAAGAAGGAAUGGGGAGAUGGGCUGAGAGGGUUGGGGUUGUCGGCUGCCAGAUUUGCCCUGCUUAACCUCGAGGCGAAGGAGGAGCACACCCGCAAUUGGCGUCCCCAAAUGUUGGUCGUGCUCCAUCAGCCUGAUACUCCAGAGGCAGAGGGUAUGCUGUCGUGCGUCUCUCAAAUGAAAGCGGGCAAGGGGUUGACCCUGGUGGCGUUGUGCCUGGAGGGCAACUACAACCAGAUGGGUAGAGUGGCCGACGAGAAGAAGGAGCAACUAACCGACUUGAUGCGUCGCCACAAAAUCAAAGGCUUCUGUGAUGUGCUCGUGUCGGAAGACAUGAUCAACGGAUUUUCCUGUCUUAUUCAAACUUCGGGUCUUGGCGGUCUCCGCCACAACACUGUGAUGUUACCCUGGCCGAGCCAGUGGGCAAACGAAGAGAAGGGCCACAUGGGCAAACGGUUCGUCUCGGCAAUCCGGGCCGUCUCCACGGCAAAGUGCGCAAUUCUCGUGCCAAAGAACGCGCAUCACUUCCCGGCCAACGGGCAGCGGAUGAGCGGCAACAUUGAUGUCUGGUGGGUGGUGCACGACGGUGGUCUGCUGAUGCUCCUCCCAUUCCUGCUGCGCCAACACAAGACAUGGAAGAACUGCACGCUCAGGUUGUGGGCGGUGGCUCAACUUGAGGACAACAAUGUCCAGAUGAAGACCGACCUCGAGAAGUUCCUCUACCACCUCAGGAUUGACGCCCAAGUGAACGUCAUCGAGAUGCAAGACUCCGACAUUUCCGACUACGCCUAUGAACGUACGAUGCGUAUGGAGGAGCGUAGCAAAUUCUUGAAGGGCCUGAAGACGUCUGACAUCCGGAAUGACAUCCAAGAACGCGUUGACGAAGUGGUCCGCGAGCGCAAGCUCAGCAAGAUCAACGAGGACGAAAUUGCUUUGGUGGCCGCGCGGCGCCAGUCCAGCGUCGAUCAGGGCGCCGGGAUGCCGUUGGAGCGUAUGGAGACGGUGAAUGAACAUCCCGCAGAAGGGGUCGAAUCGCCGUCGAGUGAGGGAACCACAAAGGAAGAGGGUCCAGAGAAGAGAGAGGGAAGAGGAGUACGAUUCUCUGAUGAUUCAUCACCACCACCACCGAAAGAAAACGGAUCCCGACGCACCGGCGAUGAGGUGACCCGCCGGCGCCAGUACAACGUCCACAAGAUGCACACGGCCGUCAAGUUGAACGAGUUGAUGCAGAGGGAAUCGAGACAGGCACAACUAGUCAUCGUCAACCUCCCAGGGCCCCCAGAUAAUGAUAGCGAUAACUACUAUCUCGAAUUCAUCGAGGUGCUCACGGAGAAGCUCGAUCGGGUAUUGCUAGUCAGGGGCACCGGCGCCGAAGUGGUGACGAUCUACUCG